AUGUUCUAUAUAAGUGGGACAUGGUCGCAUUAUACUUCACCAUCCCUUAUCUUGUUCUUUCCAUUUCUUGCUUCUAUCACUUGCUUCGUUCUUCAUCACCAUGACACUUUUUGGUAAAAUCAGCACUGAAAUUGGAGUUCAUGCAACUGCUGAAAAGUGGUUCAAGCUCUUGGCAACGCAACUCCAUCAUGUUCAAAACCUUGCUGACAGAGUUCAUGGAACCAAGCUGCACCAUGGUGAAGACUGGCAUCACAAUGAGUCCAUCAAGCAAUGGACUUAUGUCAUAGAUGGUAAGGUUUCAACAUGUCAUGAGAGUAUUGAAUCUGUUGAUGAAGCAAACAAAACAAUCUCCUUCAAGGUAUUCGGGGAAGAGAUCGAGCAGAAGUUUAAGGUGUUUAAGGUCAUAUUUCAAGCGAUUGAUAAGGAGAAUGGUGGUGCUAUUGUAAAAUGGACCAUUGAAUAUGAGAGGGUUAGUGAGGAAGUUGAUCCUCCAUACAGCUACAUCGAGUUCCAGCAUAAAUGCACUGCCGACAUUGAUGUUCAUCUUCUGAAGGCAUAGCUCCAAAAAAGUUGUGAAUGAAAGAAAAAAGGAAACAAUGGAUUUGGAAUUUUACCAGAAGGAUGGUCAAAUAGAUCCUUCCUUUGUAUUAAAUAAAUUUUUAUAUUCAUGUAAUCAGUGAUGUUUUCAAGUUUUUUAAAUUUCGUAUUGUCAUCCACAUAAUGCACAUGUAUGAUUUCAAAUAAAAUGUAUAUAUUUUUGUGCUCU